GUCUGAGCUUCUGAUUUAUAUUUUACCAAAGUCAUUGCGAGAGUGACUGCCUAAUCUUGUGCAUUCCUCCUAAUGUGCUCUAGUCUUUGAUCAUGGGGAGACAUCUGCUAUUUUAUAUUCUUCUGGCAACAAUUUCUGUGGUUGGAUCCUAUGAUUUUUUAAUAAAUAAUAUCAGGAACAUCAAGAAGAGAAAUGUUGCAGAUACUAAUACAGAUGGCAUCGAUAUCCAAAGCAUGAACAUUAAUUCCCAUAUUACCUCUCGAUUUGCUCAUAAUGUCAUCACCAGUCGAGCCAUCAACCUUGGCAAUGCAUCUAAGGAAGCCUUCUUUGAUGUGGACCUCCCAAAGACAGCAUUCAUCACAAACUUCACCAU